GUCGCUUUCCGUUGGCGCAGAGCCUUGACGACAGCUUCUACUGUCAGACCUUCGUUACCACUCUCCCCUUUUUGGUCGGUUUGCCACCACGGUUGAAGCUAUGUUAUCCCAUUCCCGAUGUCUUUCCCGGACACUUGGGCGGUCUCUGUCUGCGUUAAGUCAGGGGAAUAAUGUGCUGGCUGGAAGGACUGCUUCAGGCCUAUCCGUUGGCAACAGGGUUGUCUACAGGAACAGUCAGUCAUUUGAAUCUCCGUCAUCAGUCGGCGUCUUCCACAUCAGAUACUUCAAGACGUCUGCGACACACAGGGAUGAAGUUGUCACCGUCAACACCCCUCCGUUCUCUGAGUCGAUCACAGAAGGGGACGUCAGGUGGGAGAAAGCUGUUGGAGAUUCAGUGAAAGAGGAUGAGGUGGUGUGUGAGAUCGAGACUGACAAGACCUCGUUGCAGGUGCCGUCUCCGGCUGCCGGUGUGAUCACGGAGCUGCUCGUGCCAGAUGGAGGGAGAGUGGAGGCCGGGAAUCCCCUCUUCAAACUCAAAAAAGGAGCUGCAGCAGCCGCUUCUGUCCCUGUAGCUGAGGCCCCUGUAGCUGAGGCCCCUGUAGCAGCCGCUGCUCCAACCCCGGCUUCCAUCCCCGUCACCAUGCCCGCGGUGCCUCCCGUGCCAACACAAGCAGCCCAAGCCAAACCUGUUUCUGCAGUCAAGCCCAGCGCAGCACCAGCACCAGCAGAACCAGCAGCCCAUGGGGCCAGGACAGAGAGCAGGGUCAAGAUGAAUCGUAUGAGGCUGAGGAUCGCCCAGCGACUGAAGGAGGCUCAGCAGACUUGUGCCAUGCUCACCACCUUCAACGAGAUAGACAUGAGCAACAUCCAGGAGAUGAGGAAGCUCCAUAAAGAUGCUUUCCUGAAACGACACAACAUCAAGCUGGGUUUCAUGUCGGCCUUCGUUAAGGCUUCAGCACAUGCUCUCAUGGACCAGCCUUCUGUCAAUGGAGUGAUUGAUGAUACAACCAAAGAGAUCGUGUACAGGGAUUAUGUUGACAUCAGUGUGGCUGUGGCCACUCCCAAGGGACUGGUUGUACCGGUUAUUCGCAACGUAGAGACCAUGAACUUUGCUGACAUUGAGAAAACCAUCAACGGUCUGGGAGAGAAGGCUCGUAAUAAUUUGCUGGCUGUGGAGGACAUGGACGGAGGAACCUUCACCAUCAGUAACGGAGGAGUGUUCGGUUCCAUGUUCGGCACGCCCAUCAUCAACCCGCCCCAGUCAGCCAUCUUGGGCAUGCACGGUAUCUUCGACAGGCCUGUAGCCAUCGGCGGCAAGGUGGAGAUCCGGCCCAUGAUGUACGUGGCUCUGACCUACGACCAUCGGCUGGUAGAUGGCAGAGAGGCAGUCACCUUCCUGCGUAAGAUCAAGUCAGUGGUUGAAGACCCCCGUGUUCUACUGCUCGACAUGUGAUCCCAACCUCCCAUCACUACUGCAGGGCCACGUUCAGUACACAGGACUGUUGCCUGACAUUAUAGAGGGUUAUGCUGUAAACGCAGAAUCAGAGUUAGCCACGUAACUUUGAUCAACAACCAGAAAUAACUAGUUGUUGAUCUGGUUCAUUAAGAAAGCUCUAGAAGAAAAAGAAACGCACACCUAUUAAGACGAGGUGCUGGCUAGCGGAGUAGAAACUUGAAAAUAAAAGAGAGCCGCACACUCUAGGAGCUCAGAUGCAAAAAUGUAAUACCAACGUUUCGACAGCCAAGCUGUCUUCAUCAGGGUAUAAUCACAAACACUGCGGGAUGACUCGUUUAUAUAGUAUCAAAGGACACAGUUGUCUGUAAUCAUGGCCAGGAGUGGCCUAAUAUCAUUGGUUAAUUAUCAAAUUUUAAAAUGGCAUACAAAGAACAGCAUACAAACAAAUGGGUAGCAUACGAUCAUAGAUUAAUUUGACUAUACAAGUUUACAAACAAUUACAAUGGCAAAGUCACAAUAAUGGCUUCAGAUCAAAGUCUACGUUGAGACCGAAGGGAGCAAGGGUCUUUAAGUUAAAAAUCCAGGCAGCCUCUCGUUUUAACAAUAAAUUAUCAAGGUCACCCCCUCUCCUAGGGAGAGAAAGCUCAACUUAGACCCCCCCCCCCAAAAAAAAUGUUAAAUGUUAUUUCAGAAUAUUUAGGUAAGUUAGCUGGCUCUCGUUGACCCUGCUUUGUAGUAUAACCCUCAGAUAGCAGUGUUGUGAAUAGAGCAGACUUGAUUCCUUCUUAUACCCUCGAGAGGGAUGUUGUUUCAACAUAAUGUUCCAAAACGUUGUGCCCUGCUGAACGCACCCCAAAGCUAUUUAAACAUCACUCAGCCUCUGUAUAAAACCAACCCCCCCCCCCCACAAAAAAAAACACAAGCGACAGCCAAAUCUUGUCAUGUACUGCUUUUGGUUAAAGAGAGAGAACCUGAGUCCCUGAUCUGGUUGUGGUGUUUUGUCAAGAAAGGACAAAACCGAUAUAUGGGAAUCACGCAAACAGAUAAUUUAAUGUUGAGAUUAUUCAUUUAUUAUUGGGUGGUGUCAUUCUGCAGCUUUGGUUCAGAUUGAUUCAACGGUUGGUCAACAUCGUACAGUGUUACCACUGACUGACUGAACCUACCAGGUCUGAUCUGUCUCAAUGUUAGACUGACUGACUGAACCUACCAGGUCUGAUCUGUCUCAACGUUAGACUGACUGACUGAACCUACCAGGUCUGAUCUGUCUCAAUGUUAGACUGACUGACUGAACCUACCAGGUCUGAUCUGUCUCAAUGUUAGACUGACUGACUGAACCUACCAGGUCUGAUCUGUCUCAAUGUUAGACUGACUGACUGAACCUACCAGGUCUGAUCUGUCUCGACGUUAGACUGCCUGAACUUACCAGGUCUGAUCUGUCUUGACGUUAGACUGCCUGAACCUACCAGGUCUGAUCUGUCUCGACGUUAGACUGCCUGAACCUACCAGGUCUGAUCUGUCUCAAUGUUAGACUGACUGACUGAACCUACCAGGUCUGAUCUGUCUCAACGUUAGACUGACUGAACCUACCAGGUCUGAUCUGUCUCAAUGUUAGACUGACUGACUGAACCUACCAGGUCUGAUCUGUCUCAAUGUUAGACUGACUGACUGAACCUACCAGGUCUGAUCUGUCUCAAUGUUAGACUGACUGACUGAACCUACCAGGUCUGAUCUGUCUCAACGUUAGACUGACUGAGCCUACCAGGUCUGAUCUGUCUCGACGUUAGACUGACUGAGCCUACCAGGUCUGAUCUGUCUCGACGUUAGACUGACUGAACCUACCAGGUCUGAUCUGUCUCGACGUUAGACCUGUACGUUCAAGGCACUUACAUUGCUGUCUAGAAGGACCGUGGACGUCAGCAUUUCAUUGGACAGUGUACUGUACCAUGUGUAUCCAGUAUAUACGAUUUAUAGACGUGAACAUUGAAAAGAAAUGGACACAUUUUAUUUUUCUUCAAAGCAUCAUGAAUUUUGCGAUUUUUUUUUUUGUUUGUUUUUUGUUUUUUUUUUGUUUUUUUAAACACCGUGAUUUUCAUUGAGCUGUACAUGUAAUCCAUCCGUGCUCGUGAUUUUAAAGCCAAUACAUGUUUUUAUAACGCUACCCUAAAGAAGUGCUCGGUCGGACAAGAUGGAAGUCCAUUCUGAACCUCCUGUGCUGUUUGACUAUCCCGGUUCUGUGUUUUCACGGGGGAUACCGAAGCCUGUCUCCUCUGUGUGUCUCGUCUCUUGGCUUCCUACUGUUGCAGUAACUUCUGCUUAUUUUGGGGUGACUGUUCCACUGAGCAGCAUUGGAAGUGAUUGGAAUCUCAUGGAAACUACCACACGCAUUGGAUGUGUCCAUAAUGGCAUCCUAUGUCAUUUAUAUAGUGCACUACAAAAGUAGGGCACUAUAUACGGAUUAGGGUGCCAUUUCAGAUACAGAUAUUGCCUUUGAGCUUUUGGUAGAGAAGGGAAUAACCACUUUCCGUCGUGUCUCUCCAGAUGGACUUCUGUCUGUCCGUGAGAAGGUACCAUGCUGUAGAACACCCGGACGCUAGUUUGGUUCAGGACUUUCACACAACACCGUUUUGGGAGUAGCUUUCAAGAAGCACAAUUUAGCAUCAUGCACAAUGUAUUUCUCAUGAUAACCUCUUCUUUAUGGAACCCACCCAGGUAAAGAUGAUUUCUGUGCUUUGUAACUAUUUAAAAACAACUAUUGUAGGUAGCAACGCGUAAUAACGCCGCGUAAUAUAGCAUUUAUGAUGGGUUUAGUAAAUAGUUUAUUUAAUCGUUACUCUAUUCAUAAGAUGUUUUACUAUAGGUCAUUUAUAAACCAUUUAGUUAAGUCGUUAGUAUAAAGUAUUUUUUGCUUGACCUCAUCUAAAGUGUGGGUGAUUUAUAAAAAAUAUAUAAAUAUGUAUUAUUUUGUGAGGGUAGAGACUUUACAAACCCAGAACUAAAUCGACUGACAAGAUGAAGCAAGGCUUCAGUUCCGAGUUAGUUGAGAUAAGACUGCUCUUAAGGCAUGACUGCAAACCACACUUUGCUUUUGGUAGAAAGGUCACUGCCAAGAAACGCUAAUGUUCAAAUCAUCCUCGGUGUUGUGGGCUUAUUGUUUUAACCGUUGAUAAAGUUUGAGGGGACGUUUAGAGACCUUAGGGAGCAUCAGCUACUCCUGGAAUGUCUACCGAUGACAUGUCCAUCUUUUGGUGAGGAAAUUACACUGGUCACUCAAAACAUUUAUAAAAUGAAUUAUGAAGUAUGAUUAGGUCAUGCAAAAAUACUUUACUAAUGAUUAGUAGAUGGUUCAGAAGGACUUAUAUUAAACAUCUUAGGAAACGUUAUUAAAUACUUUAACAGUUGUUUUAUAAAUGUGUGAAUAACUACGUUACUAACAUUUUUUUUUUUUACAAAUGUGAGUAAUGAUGAAUAAAUUAUUUACUAAUCCAUUAUAAAAUGCUUUUAUGUAGUUAUUAUAGAGUGCUACCCAAUAUUAAAACAUCUUUGUUUAAAUUGA